AUGGAUGCUGUGGAAGACCGUGAAUUGAAGCUUCAACGGGCUUCCGGCGACCUAGUGACGGAGUUCUCGGAAAAGCUGCCGUCACUGUUGUGGAGAUUUGAAAAAGGAACCCCUCUCCGCACCCCACGCAAAUGGGCACAAAUCUCCAAGACGGAGAAGCUCGUAAACCUUCUUGAACCUUUUCAAGAGUGGCCUCAACUCUUGGACCCGCAUUUGCAGAAGCUACUGCCUCCUCUAGUUAAUGCCUUUCUGGAAUAUUUGAUCAAGCAUCGCAGCCAGUAUGGCUCUCAACCAGCGAAGCCUUCCCAAGGCCCGGCUUUGUAUCCUCUGCCGAAAGCAAUCUGCAGGCUGCUUUACACGUUCUGUAAGGUUCGUGGAGCCAAGGUGAUCAGCAGGUUCCUUAACAACGAGCCCAAAUACCUUGGUUCGGUGCUGCGAGCUUUCGUGGAGUGGGACAGUGCCUCUGUUCCAGAUUCCACGCAUGAUGACGCCUUGGGGCCCAAUAUACAAACGCUGCAGUGGGAAGAGCGUUACGUGAUGUUAGUCUGGCUCUCGCAUCUCCUGCUCGCACCAUUUGAUCUUUCCUCGCUAUCCUCCGAUGAUAUUCCCAUCCCGUACGAUAAUCUGCAGCAAAUUGGGACUUUACCCGAAAACACUCCCAUGAUCGCAAAGUCACUACUAUCUUUAGCCCUUCAUUACAUCAAUGUUCCUGGCAAAGAGCGAGAGGCAGCAACGGCUCUCUUGGCACGACUUACUUUGCGUGGCGAUAUGCAAGCCCUUGGGUUUUUGACGCGCCUUACUGACUGGGCCUUCGCUAUUAUGCAGCCUGCAGAUGAUGGUGCAACUUCGGUCUAUUCUUGUAUCGGAGUUCUCUCGUUUAUAGCCCGUCUGGCUGGUUCUGGUCAGUUGGAGAUUUUUGCACCUUUGCUCAGGCAUGUCUUUGAGCAGACAAUCUCUGUUUCACAGGGUACCUCGAAAGUUUCAACAAUAAUCAAAACCUCUGCAAUUGCCCGGAAAAUCGUGGUCAAAAUCCUUCGCAACAUUACAGUCAUGGCUCUGUCUCUGAGUGAAAGAGGAGUUGGCCCUCUCACUGAUGAUCAACUUUCUACCAUCCUGGAGGAUGCCAUUGAUCACUUCCUAGUGGCCCUUUCGGACAAGGAUACGCCUGUUCGAUUUGCUUCAAGCAAGGCACUCAGUGUUAUAGCUUUGAAACUGGAUCCAGAAAUGGGAGCAGAGGUCAUCGAGGCCGUUAUUGGCUCACUCGGAGAAAACAUUUUGUACGAAAAAGACGAUGGUACUUUGAUUACUCCUUUUGAGGCACGUAAUGCCGGUUUAAUUUCGCUGAAACGCAACACGAGUGGUGUUGACGCACAACAAUGGCAGGGUCUGAUGCUGACUCUAUCCCAUCUUCUGUUUCGUCGUGCACCUCCAACGCAUCAGCUCCCCGAUAUUCUCCAAUCUCUUAUCUCGUGUCUUGAUUUCGAACAAAGGUCAUCCACUGGCAGUUCUGUGGGAACCGGUGUCCGUGAUGCCGCUUGCUUUGGUGUUUGGGCCUUGUCUCGAAAGUACACAACGUCCGAACUACAAGCCAUACAAGCCCAGAUUGUCCCCUCGAUCUCUGGAAACAUUGAAGUGGAUGUUUUGCAAAAGUUGGCUGUGGAACUGGUCUGCUCUGCCUGUGUAGAUCCGUCCGGAAAUAUCCGACGAGGUGCCUCUGCUGCUCUACAGGAAUUGAUUGGCCGUCACCCUAAUAUGAUAACUGAGGGGAUUCCUCUUGUGCAAGUCGUGGACUACCAUGCUGUUGCGCGGCGUUCCCGUGCUAUGAUCGAUGUGGCCAAAUCGACCGCCUCUCUGGACCUGGUGUAUUGGGGUCCGCUCUUGGACGCUCUGAUGAAUUGGCGAGGCAUCGGUUCUCCGGAUGCCGAAUCACGGCGGCAUGCAGCACGGUCCAUUGGGUCAUUAAGCAGGCAGGGAAAAUUUCAAACUAUAAGCUUCGUUCUGCAGCGGCUCUUGGGCAAACUUGCCCGUAUUCCUCGGGGUGAUGUGGAGUCGAGACAUGGAUGCCUAUUAUCUAUUGCCCUUGCCGUUGACGCAUACAUCUCUGAGUGGGAUGCAUCGCCAGACAUGAGAGAUACGCUGGAAGGGAAAGAAGUUUCUUCACAUGUUGCUAGGUUGUGGGAAGUCUUCGAGUCACCUUACAGCCCUACCGAUAACGACCUGACCCUUCAGAGCUCUCGUCCUGAGUUAACAGCAGAGUCAUCUUCUUGUUUCAUCUCCUCACUCUGCCGAGCAACCAUAUUAGUUGGGGUUGACCGACCAUCGGAGGCAUUGCUUGACCGUGUUCUCCAUAUCUUAUCAUUGUCUGUUUCCCGUGGUGACGACAUUUCUAUCCAAACUUCGUCAGAAGCACUUUCCCUACUAUUUCCACUGUUAUCGUCUGCAAAACAAGAUACCACUGUGCAGACGUGGUUUUCUCAUCUUCGUAGUUCAUCGAAGCUUUCCAGUGGUCGUGGCCAAAUUCUAGCCCUUGGUGCAGUUUUCAAACAGCUCGAGGGCCGAGAAAGUCUACAGCAGGGUAUAAUAAUGGAAUUGCUAAGGUGUGCUGGAAAGGAGGAGACCAUCGAAAAGCGAGUCCUUUCUGUGAGGUGCUUCGCGACCGGUAUUGUGCCACACACGAUCAAACUCUCACCUUUCACUCAAACAAUUGCCCAUAGUCUGCCUGGAUUCCUCAACGAUUAUACCACGGACAGGAGAGGAGAUAUCGGUUCCUUGAUUCGAAUCGAGGCAAUUGAAGUAGCACGAAUACUUGAACUCAAACUUUCACCAAGCACACCUAUUGUCUUCGAACUUGCCGGGUGCCUUUGUCGGCUUGCAUGCGAGAAGCUCGACAAGGUCAGACUACAAGCAUCGCUUUGUCUACAGGACUGUUUUUGGGAAAUGGUGGAAUUCAAUCCUUUCGACAGGAAAUUUGAGCAUGUCAGCGACGUGUCCUCUCAAGAGUAUUUCUUUCAAUUGCUCUCAUCCUGGGGCCAAGAAUGGUUACGUCUCCCACUAUUACAAGGCCUGGCUACCUCUGCAGUUGCCGGCGCCGAAGGUCUCGUCCGCGCCUCACGGGCUGCUUUGAUUCAAUUCCUCAAUUCCCACAACCCACACUCUGAUCCCAAUAUCCUGGUGGAGGUUCUGCAGGUUUUGUCAACUGUGCUGAGUGAUAAUCUUCCAGACGACCGUUAUGCCAUUCCUAUCAUUGAGCUUAUUGCGUUCUUGUUGGACAGCUAUCAUGGCUACACGGUUGCUGGUCUAAAUGGGUCCAACCCCGUUUUCCGGAAAGUCUUCCUCCUCGUCCAAAAGGCCCAUUUCCGAUCAGCGAAUAUUGCUCGUAUGGAAGGUGCAGUCAAAGUCUAUGCCGCAUUAUCAGGGACUGGAAAUUUGCGAGGGGAGGUGUUGAAGAAGCUAACAGCGAUGCUGUUGCAUCCAUUCCCAAGAGUUCGCUCGAGUGCAGCAGAAUAUCUUUUCACCUUGACCGAGUCUGAAACCCUCAAGUAUGAGGACUGGUCUGCGGCCCCGAAGGAAUUGAAGGAGAAAGUAGACAUAUUGAGGGGCAAUCUGGUGCCAGCAACAUAA